GCUGCAGCUGUAACUUUAACUGUGACUGUUUUUAUUUUAUUUGUGUAGCUGUCUGCUACUGUAGUACUUGCUGCUAAAUAUUACAGCUGACUAUUUUUAUUUUGAUAAUAAUUCAUUUGAACUUAAUGGAUUUAUUAACAGAAUUAACAGCAAAAGGAUGGUAUCUCUCUAAUAAAGGUCUUGAAAUAUGUAAAGAAGGUUUGAAUCAUGUAGAUGUGAAUGGGAUCAUUCGCAAAGCUCUUGACAUUGAUCUGCGGGAAAUAGGAGGAAAGUUUUUCCCUGAUGAAUCGAAUCGUGGAAAGCUUGAUUCUAUAUCUGGCUCUGGUGUAGUUCAAAUACAAAAAAUUAAAAAUGCCUCUGCUCCUAAAUACGAGUAUGGCUCUGGAGCUCCAACCAUUUUGAGGCUAUUAUUAACAGAUGGAAAUGUAUAUGUGAAUUGCCUGCAAUGGGGACCAUGGAAGUCUAUUACCAUGGAUACUCCACCUGGCACCAAAAUAUUUUUAAAGCCAGGCAAAAUUGCGAUGCAAAACAAUUUUUUGCUAUUGAGUGAAAACCAGUUCAAUUUACUAGAUGGUCAUGUUGCACCAAUGGUUGAAAAAUGGGAACUAUGUCGACAAUUGGCAUCACAUGUGCGUACUAAAGGAAAUUUAGAUGGUAACGGUCCUCCUCCAUGGAUUCCAUUUGGGAAACCUAUUACUGCUACUAAACAACCAAUGAAAGGAAAAAAUUUCCGGGCUCUUGAGACUGAAACUAAAGAGACAAAAGAGGAGGAUGAAGCUUUCAAACAACAGAGAUUAGCAAACAUUGCAGAGGUUGCCAGAGUAAAAGAAGGAAAACCUAAAGUAUUUGGAGGUGGAAAAGAUAAACAGAGCAACACCAAACCUGAAUCUAAUUUCCCUCACAAUUUAUCUGGUAACUCUAGUGAUACCGCCAAUCAUGCCAAACCCUAUCGUAAUUUUAACGAAUACGACAAUCGGCAACCACCCAGAAACCAAAAUGAUUACAAAUAUCCCAGAAAUAAUAAUGGUGGCAAUAACCACAACAACAGAAAUGGUAAAAAUUGGGCACACCAGGACGCACCUCGAACUCAAGUUCCAUCAGAAAACUCUACCCAAGGACAGUUUUAUUCUAAAGACAAAAGAAUGGAUCAGCGAAAUAAGUUUCAAAACGAUUUUCAAAAUCCUAGAAAUCAGAAUACCCAUCAACAACAAAGAACAUUUAACAGCAAUACCUAUCGUGGAAAUGACAGUGCCAAUUCUUCAAAGAAAUUUUCAAAAGGUUCAAACUUCUAUGAAAAUUCAAGAACUUCUUCAGAUAGACCUUAUGGAAAUGAUCACAGCAAUGUGGAGGAUCUAUCACAAAGAAUUUCUAGUAUUAAAUUGCAUGGUUAUGACCAUUCCAACGAGGGAACUGUUACAAUACCUAACAAACCUUUUAUUAUACCUGGUGCAGAAGUUCUGGCUAAAUAUUGGGAAGAUCAUAAGUUUUAUCCUGCUAAAGUAACUGGUGUUGGACCCGAGGGCAAAACGUGUGUUGUUUUCUUUACUGACUAUGGAAAUUAUGAAGAAGUAGUAGUGGAUGAUGUUCAGGAAAUGCAAGUUNGUCUUUCAAAGAAUGUUGGACCUAUUUCCUUUCAACCAAGUCACUGGAAUGGCCGAGAAAGAGAUCAAGAUUUUCGAUCCUCUUCUGAUUAUCAAGAUAAUCGACACAGAUCUGGUCAAGGUCAAAGACGUCAUGAUGGCCACAGACAACAACGACAUGACGACCAAAGACAACAACAACGACAUGACUUCAGGCCAUCAGUAAAAUUGUAUCAACCCCCACAACAACGUCAUCCAUCUUAG